AGUGAAUAUGGGUAAUAGUGACCUUGCAUCACUUCCUCCGGCCAUGUGCGUCGAAGCUUGACGUUAAAAUUUAGUUCAUAUUUCUUGAAUAAUAACGCAGCGACAGUAAAAUCUCAGAAGACGCUUAUAAUUUUCUCGUAAGACGUCUUGAAGAUACGCACUACUUUCCGGACGCCUCACGUCGGCGGACUAAUUUCAGGUUCAGCAGGUCAGCGGCAGGUCAAGGAAUGUUUGUGUUGUGGCGGGGUCUCUCGGGCCAGGUGAGAUCCACAGUGAGUCUAACCCUGCGGCGUUACGUGAGCGUGAGUGGCAUGGCGCUGCCCCGACCUGUGGUGAUCUGCGGCCCGUCCGGCAGCGGCAAGUCCACCCUCUACAACAAACUCCUCAAGGAGUUCCCAGGAGCCUUCCAGCUCAGCGUUUCACACACUACAAGACAACCUCGACCAGGAGAGCUGAAUGGAAGAGAGUACCACUUCAUCAAUAGGGACCAGUUCCUGGAAAACAUCAAGCAGGGGGACUUCCUGGAAUGGGCCGAGUUCUCCGGGAACAUCUACGGAACAAGUAAGAAGGCCCUUGAGGAGGUGCAGGGCAACAACGUGAUCCCCAUCCUGGACAUCGACACACAGGGGGUCCGUAAUGUCAAGAAGGCCAGUCUGGAUGCUGUCUACAUCUUCAUCAAACCUCCCAGUAUAGAUGUACUGGAGAAGCGUCUGAGAAGCAGGAAAACGGAGACUGAAGAGGCACUCCAGAAGAGACUGUCUGCAGCCAGGAAUGAACUGGAGUAUGGUCUAAAGCCAGGAAAUUUUCAGCACAUCAUCACCAAUGAUGACUUGGAUGUUGCAUAUGAGAAAUUAAAAGGCAUCUUAAUUAAAUCCCAGAUGCCGAUGGCCACCGGUUCCUCCUCUGUGGUGAACAGUUUCCUGGACAAACCUGCCGCCUCGGUGAACACCAGCUCACAGGACUAGCUACAGGUGUCAGGCUCCACCAGGACUUAAAACAGGGGAUGAAACAUAGUAGAAUUUAACCAAAUAGGCAAAACAGUUUGGCUA